AUGACCACGACAGGCUCCAGUUUUGGCCGAGAGCAUGGCGGCAUCCACGUCCUGCUGGUGCCCGUACCGGUGCGGGGUCACAUGAACCUGAUGAUCCAGUUUGGCCACCGCCUCGCCUACCAUGGCCUGCUUCCCUCGCUGGUGACCACCCGGUACAUGCUGUCCACCUCGCCCACCGUCGUCGCACCCUUCCCUGUUGCGGCCAUCUCCGAUGGCUUCAACGAGGGCGGCAUGGCGUCAUGCUCGGACCCCGUGGAGUACUGCCGUGGGCUGGAGGCCGUGGGGUCGGAGACGCUGACAUGGGCCAUUGACGCCAAGGCCCGCGCGUGGAGGCCCACCACCGUUAUGGUGUACGACCCACACAUGCCGUGGGCGCAGCGGGUGGUGAGCGUCAUGGGCGUCUCGACCGCAGCGUUCCUGUCCUAG